CGAAUUUAUCGUUGUGUUAGUAUCAGCUUAAUAAAAGUGUGUUUUGAUAGACAGAGCUUUGUUCAGGACAGGAGUUUCGUUUCGUUCAGUUUCAGUAUGACGUUUGGCGCUGUGUCUACACCUGCGUUAGUUAGGUUGUAGGCUUUCAGGUGUAUACGGGGUUAGUUUGUACACGUGUGUUUCCAGAUAUGAUGAGACAGGCGACACUAAAUCAAAUGCUGAUUUCAGGUAACAUGAUGGAGGUGGCAGGUUCGUGGACAGAAGUAUUCGAGGGCUCGGAGAGGGCGGGGGUGUCCGGGGGAAGAGAGGCAUUGCUGGGGGGCUCCACCCUGUCUCUGGCUCCUCUUGUGUCUGAUUCUCCGUCCGUUUGCUGCUCCCAGCCCAUCCUAAUCACCGGCAGCAGGGUGAAAGGCAUAGAGUCGUUCUCUUCCUCUGCCCCAUCUAUACCCAACCCCUUUCCAGAGCUGUGCAGCCCCUCGAAGUCUCCAGUGCUCAAUAGUUCGCUCCCACCGCCAUCAAGCAACAAACGUUUGAUGAAGGUGUAUGGAGAGGACAGUCACAGCAGGUCAGUGUGGGUUUCUCCAGGGGCUACAGCCAGGGAGGUGUGCCACAUGUUGGUCCAGACUGCCCACUGCAGCGAUCAGGAAAACUGGGCUCUCCUUGAAGUCCAUCCCACCUUAGGCCUACAGAGAUGUUUGGAGGACCACGAGGCUGUGCUGGAGGUUCAGGCCACCUGGUCCCUAAAGGGCGACACAAGGCUGGUUUUCUGCAAAAACUAUGCCAAGUAUGAGUUCUUCAGGAAACCAGUGCUCUUCUUCCCAGAGUGCAUGAUCUCCGACAGUGCAGAUGUCAGCAAGGGUAUGACAUCAUCAGAGCUCAUUCAGAACCUGCUCUGGUCUGGAACGUGUCCAGAGAUCCAGGGUUUCCUGCAUGCUAAGGAGCCCAGUCGUAAAGCAUGGAAGAAGGUCUACUUUUUCCUCCGGCGCUCUGGUCUCUACUGCUCCACCAAGGGCUCCUCCAAGGAGCCGCGGCACCUGCAGUAUGUGGCUGAUCUGGAAGAUUUGAACGUGUACUCUGUGGUGAACAGCCGCAAACUGUACGGAGCACCUGCAGACUUCACCUUCUGUAUCAAGCCUUCCAGGAAUCCUGUGCGUACUCAGGACCUGAAGAUCCUGUGUGCUGAAAAUGAGCAGACGCGAACGUGUUGGACGUCGGCUUUCAGAUUGUUCAAGUAUGGAAAGCAGCUUCAGUGCAACUACCAGCUGUCCAAGUCUUCGCUGCGGAGCCUGGAAGGAACCAAUCUCACAGACAGCAAAUCAAAGUCCGAGGCUAGUCUGGUGGCCAUGGACUUCUCGGGAAAGGCGGGAGGACGAGUCAUCCAGAACCCAACGGAAGCCCAGAGUGCAGAAAGGGAGGAGGGUCAAGCCUGGAGGCGGAGAGAAGCCCUGAGGUGCAGUCUGCCCAACUUAAACUCGGGCACGAGACCUUCCUCCAUCCACAAGACACAGCCGUGGUUUCAUGGUGGUGUGUCCAGGAAGGAAGCACAGAGACUGAUAGAGAAGCAGGGGCUGGUAGAUGGGAUGUUCCUGAUCCGUGAGAGCCAGCAGCACGGGCAGUGCUUCGUUCUGACACUGUGUUACAAGUUGCAGACCAAACACUACCUGGUGAUCCCUUGUGAGGAGGAAGGCAGGAAGUACUUCACCAUGGAUGAUGGCCUGACUGUCUUCAUAGACCUGCUGCAGCUGGUGGAGUUCCACCAAAUCAACAAGGGCAUCCUUCCUGUGUGCCUCAAACACCCCUGCGUCUGUGUAGCACUUUAAACCGGUUCUUCUUUGGUACAUGUAACCUCUGUGACCUCUGCUCUUUAACGGAGCCUCUCCUCUGGGCCCAGGGUCAGUCCUCUGGAGCUGUAAUUCAUGUCUGAAGUCUGAACCCAGUCAUCAGACUGUACUGAUAUCUAUUCCUGUUGAUAGAGCAGUUACAGUAUGUGACUGGAUAAUCCAGCCACCAGAGCAGUGCAAAGGUGUGUGUCCGUGUGAUUAUGGUAUCAGGUAAAUAAGACAUGGAUUCAGAGGAUGUGUGAUCCAGACAUUCAGCAUAUCAUCUGCCUCUCCUCUCUUUAGCAUUUUUAAUCAUUUUGACUACACGUGCAGCUCCAGACAGUGGUUGGUUUUUAUUUUUAAUUAAUGAGCCACAGUCCCCGUGGAGAUGGCUUAAUUAGCCAUGCUGGAUAGACUUUUAGUGCUACGGGGAUGUUUGGAGAAGGAACGCUUUUAAAUACUGUGCACUUUGAUUCAGGUCCAUGCAGUGAUGCUGAGAGGUCCAACGUGCACUGUGAUGAGGGCAGCAGCAGACUAAGGACUGAGGCCAUCAGAGGGCGCAAUGAGGCAGAGCUCAAAAAAGGAACUCGAGGGAUGUUUCAGUUGUGUAAUGUGGCAAAGCAAUGCAUUUUGCUGUUAAUGAAGAGGAUUGUGAUAUUGUCAUCCUGCCCCAGGUUGCAAUCAUGUAGCAAGUAAAUUCUCACUCUGCAGACUG